AUGUCAUGGUACUACUAUGGGACGUCAAAACCAACGGAAGAUGAAACAGAGAUGGUGAGCGAUGCUAAAGAAGCAUUACCUUCUAACUGGGAAAUAGCAUACUCUGACCAAGGGGAGAAAUAUUUUGUCGACCAUAAUACGGGUACAACGCAAUGGGAAGAUCCAAGAGAUUUACCUGCAAGCUGGGAAAAAGUGGAUGAUGGAGCUUAUGGAACUUUGUACGUUGAUCAUAUAAGUAAGCGCGCACAAUACAAGAGACCUUCAUCUCCAGCGCUCCAAAAAGUAUCUGAAGUCAGGCGAUCGUAUAAUCACUCUUCCAGUUUUUAUACUCUUGCAAGUUAUCAUGAUAGUAGUAACACGGCGACUAAUGAGGUUCUCGUUAAUGGUUCUUGUUCUAACCCGCAAUCGGCUCUUUAUAGCGAUCAUUCUUCACCAUCUCAUGCAGUUGGAUCCGUGCAUACUUUUACCAGGGAUCCUUCCAAACUUCGUGGUGAACUAAUAACGACGAGAAUUUUGAGAGGACCGAAGGGCUUAGGCUUUACAUUAAUUGGGAACGAUGGUAGUUCGUCACAUGAUGAAUUUUUGCAGAUCAAGAAUGUAAUUCCUGGUGGACCAGCUUAUCAAGAUGGUGUACUGCAGAAAGGAGAUGUUUUAGUGUAUGUCAACAGCGAAUGCAUGUUGGGUGCAACUCAAGCUCACGCUUGCUUAGUAUUUCAAUCUAUUAAUGUUGGUGAAUUGGUAACAUUACAAAUUUGCCGAGGAUAUGCGCUGCAUUUUGACCCUUCGGAUAAAAUUGUUACUGAGAAUGCAUAUAUUACGCGAUCAGACGAUGAAAGAGAAAUUAUUAUUCGUAAAGACAAUAAUGGUUUCGGAUUCACAUUUUUUGACAGCAUUCAAGGGCAGCGGGUGAAAAAAAUCCUCUGCCCGGAAAAGUGUGAAAAUUUAUUGGAAGGUGAUACUCUUCUAGAGAUGCGAACCACAUAUCCGUAUGAAAGUACAGGUAUUUCGAUGGGUGAAGAACGUGUUACCAAUUUCCGUGGAAUGCCUCACCAUGAAUUGAUUUCUAUCCUUAAUGAUUGUCCUAUUGGAUUCUGGGCUAAAUUACUCGUGCGACGAAAUUCUCCUAAACAUAGGUCACGUACUCCAUCAGCAACAUUUCGUUAUGGUGAGCAGCGGCCUACUCCAGCACCCAUUUUGAUGUCACGCUCUAAAACUCCUAUAGCGCAUCCUUUGCCACCGACAAAAGCUUAUUUCCACUCUUCUACUACAUUACCAGUACCCAAAAGCGUUCCCAGUCAGCCAGUUGCAAAUAAUGAUUCCAAUACUACAUAUGGAGCUAGAAAUACAAUUCCUAGACAGCAUGAACGGUGUCCAAAUGAAGAUAUUUACGAGAAUUUCUCUGAUUUGAGACCAUCAUCAACAAGUUUAGGUUUUUCAACUCCAAAUUAUGUGCCAAUGACAGUACUUACUGAUCCAGACACCGAAACGAUCAAAGUUAAUUUAAAUAUAAAACCGACUGGAUUUGGUUUUCGAGUUGUGGGUGGAACGGAAGAAGGAACUGUUAUAAAAAUUGGUCCACUACUACCUGGAGGUGCUGCAGCAAAUGACGGCCGUCUGCGUCAAGGAGAUGAAAUUAUUAAAAUUAGUGGUGAGAAUGUUGUAGGCGAAAGUCAUGCUAUGGCUAUACAGUUGAUGCAAAAAGCGGCUGUUAAUGGGCAUGUUGAAUUGAUUAUUCGUCGUAACAAAACGAGAGCAGUCUUCACUUAUGAUGUUGUUUUGCAUCGAGCUCAUGGUAAUAGUUUUGGUUUCAUUAUCACAUCUGCACUUAAUAAUAAUGGCAGUACUAUCGGACGGAUUAUGGAAGGGUCACCUGCAGCCUCAUGUGGGCAGCUACAUGUAGGUGAUCGCAUCCUUGCUGUUAAUGGUAAUGAUAUUGCCAAAUUACCACAAAGAGAUGUCAUUAAAUUAAUUAAAAAUUCUGGUUUAUCUGUGAGGUUAACGAUAUCAUCUUCAUUAUCAAGCAAACACAUGGUAUCAACUGCCACUAAUGAACAGUCAUCUCAAACUCCUAGUCGCGAUUACCAUCACGGUCCAUCCCGCAGUCACUCUUCUGAUUUUGCGCAAUAUAGAUAUGUCGCUGAAAAUGAUUAUGUCAACAGUACAUCUCUGAUACCUUCGAAAAUGGGACAAGUACUUGUUCGUAUUGAACUCGCUCGAGGGCCAAAAGGUUUUGGAUUUUCGAUUCGUGGCGGACGAGAAUUCGAUUCUAUGCCAUUAUUCGUUUUAAAAAUGGCAGACGAUGGUCCAGCAGCUUUGGAUGGUCGUUUAAGAAUUGGUGAUCAGUUAAUAGAAAUUAACGGCCGGUCAACAUAUGGUAUGAGUCAUACUGACGCUAUUCAAAUUAUCAAACAAUCUCCCACUGUCAAUUUAUUGGUUAGAAGUACACCUUGA